UAGCAAGAAGACAAGGGGCUGGCCCCGAGCCCAGGGACAGUCCGGCCUUAUAAAGCGCCGGCGGUCGGGGCCCAGCACGCUCCGCCGGAGGCCCGCGCCCACACCUUCUCCUGUCCAGCUCCUGCCCGCUUGGACAGGGCCAGCACUGCCUGUGGAUGAGCCACCGGACCUCCUCCUCCUUCCGAGCCGAGAGAAGCUUCCAUUCCUCCUCCUCCUCCUCCUCCUCCUCCUCCUCCUCCUCCGCGGCCUCCCGUGCCCUCCCACCCCAGGACCCACCCAUGGAGAAGGCGCUGGGCUUGUUUUCCGAGGACUUUGGCAGCUUCAUGCGGCCCCACUCGGAGCCCCUGGCCUUUCCAGCUCGACCCUCGGGACCGGGCAGCAUCAAGACCCUUGGAGAUGCCUACGAGUUUGCGGUGGACGUCAGAGACUUCUCCCCUGAGGACAUCAUCGUCACCACGUCCAAUAAUCACAUCGAGGUUCGGGCUGAGAAGCUGGCGGCAGACGGCACAGUCAUGAACACCUUUGCACACAAGUGCCAGCUGCCGGAGGACGUUGACCCCACCUCGGUGACCUCGGCCCUGCGGGAGGACGGCAGCCUCACCAUCCGGGCACGGCGUCACCCGCACACAGAGCACGUCCAGCAGAUCUUCCGAACGGAGAUCAAAAUCUGAGGACUGUGGCCCCUGCCCACCCCACUCUCCCCCAACUGGCCAGCCUUGAGUCUGCCGAACCCCGGGACAUCUCAGCCCAACUCUAGCCUCCAAAACCCCCAGGCUAAGGCCCUCCACUCUACUCAGGGCAGGCCAGCGACCCCUCACCUCACCAUGGACCCCAGAUUCCAGAUACGUUUUCUCCCGAUUCAGAAUUGAGGGGCUGGGUAGGGACAGCAAGGUCCUGAAGACCUACUGAGGAAGGGGGUGUUGACAAGGAAGGCCUCUGGGCACAUGGUCUGCAGGACAGACAGACAUCCUGCCCUCCUCUGAUCUGCGGAGCCUCUCAGAGGUGGGGGAACUGGGAACUGGGGGUGCCCUGGUCAGCUGAGGGAAGGUCAGGGGUGAAGUGCCUGUCCAGGUGGGAUUGCCGGAGGGAGGCCAGGAGGGCCCAGCCGGGAGGGACACCUUCCUUCCCCUGCUGCCCUGGGCCCCAGCCAGCCAGCUGUGCCCACACAGGGCCCAUCACGUCUGUGCUGGUGGGGUUUUUCCAAUACAGCUGGUUUGUGACAAACCAGUGAAAUACUGCUGUCCCUACAUUCUGAUGCCUACGAGCUUGCAGGCCUGGGCUCCCGGGCCACUUGCCCUGCACAGAGGGUCCCCAACAGUUACCCGGUUUCGUGCACCCCCCACAGGCGCACCUACCCCUCCAGCCUCCACUUGUGCAUGGGGGUGAGUGUGUCACCCACACCCACACCCCACUGUCUUUUAUAGCCUCACGUCACCACUGAGUGGGGCCACAUCAGAGCACCCUAAAAGUGGAUUCAGCCAUUUAGUUUUUAUCAGUGGGGAAGAGGAGUCUCGUGAGCCUGGAGCCUUGGCCUUUGUCACUGGAGGGUGGACGUGAACCCAGGAUGUCAGCUGAUGUCAGCCCCACUCUGGGCCCCAGGGAGCCCCUCACUCUGUCCCUGGGCUCUGCGCCCCGGCCCAUGUCGUCCUGCUGGGGUGGAGGGGGACACGGGAGGAGCUGGGACCCAGUUCCCUCCUGGGCAGGGUGAGAGGGUCACAGGCAGCCAGGUCCCCAGGGCGAGAGGUGGGUCAGCUCUGUCUCCUCUCUUGGCUGGGCACCCUGAGGGUGUCCUCUGAACCGGGUGGUGGGAGAGUCGGCGGGCGCUGUAACCUGUACACACAAUAAAGGCAGUGUCACGGAUGUCCACGCCUGCAGUUCC